UAUGUUGUGAUUUUGGAGGCGCGAAGUAUGUGAGACUUUAGUAAAUCAAAAUCUGUGUUGUGUCACUGAUUUCUAACGUAUCGAAAAUGACAAGCUUCUUGAAGAGCCCUAGUAGCUACUGCGAAUUCAAAGCCAGGGGCAGGGAUGCAGCUUACCGAUUCAAGAAUGGUUCACCUCAAUUUAAAGAAGUGCUUCGAAUGCGCUGCCACAAGCGAGUGAAACAGGACCGUGGGAAGAUUAUGAACCUCCUCCGAAACUUGCCAAAUGAUGAACUACAAAAUGUUUUAUCAGAUACAAUACGUGAUGAAGUAAUGGAUAUAGUAGAGGCACCUUCAGGAAGUAUGGAUGGAGAUUCUCAGGAGGAAUUUACAAUAGAAAAAGAAGAAGAAACUGUCCAAAAAGAAGGUAAAACGAUUUACUUUUAUUUAAUAUUAUGA